AUGGGGCGUUUGAAUUGCAAGAAGAUGAGGGGAAAUGUUGUUUUGGCAAGAGCAUCAAAGAGGAAAGAGGAAGUGGAAGUCGGAAAGGCAGAAGAGAGUGUGGUUCAGAACGGUGGGAAUGUGAAGGAGGGUGGAGAAGAAGUAAAGAACAAGCCCUCAAAAGGGGAGAGGAGGCGAUCUUCGAAGCCGAAUCCGCGGUUGAGCAAUCCACCUAACCAUGUACAUGGUGAGCAAGUAGCUGCAGGGUGGCCCUCUUGGCUCUCCAAGGUUGCAGGGGAAGCUAUUAAUGGGUUGAUACCUAGGAGAGCUGACACUUUUGAAAAGCUGAAUAAGUUGAUUGCUUUUGUUGUUCUGUUUUCAAAUGUUGGACAAGGUACAUAUAGCAAUGUUUACAAAGCAAAGGAUACUUUGACAGGGAAAAUUGUGGCCCUAAAGAAGGUCCGCUUUGACAAUUUAGAGCCCGAGAGUGUAAAAUUCAUGGCCAGAGAGAUCCUUAUUUUGCGCCAUAUGGAUCAUCCCAACGUUGUCAAACUGGAAGGUUUAGUGACUUCAAGAAUGUCGUGCAGUUUGUACCUUGUGUUUGAAUACAUGGAGCAUGACUUGGCUGGACUUGCUACAAGUCCAACAGUAAAGUUCACAGAGUCUCAGCUACUUUCUGGACUGGAACACUGUCACAACCGUCUUGUGCUGCAUCGUGAUAUAAAGGGGUCAAACCUUCUGAUUGACAAUGAAGGAAUUCUUAGGAUUGCUGAUUUUGGAUUAGCUUCUUUCUUUGAUCCUAAUCAAAAGCACCCUAUGACCAGCAGGGUGGUUACUUUAUGGUAUCGGCCUCCAGAGCUUCUCCUUGGAGCCACUGAUUACGGUGUAGGAGUGGACCUCUGGAGUGCUGGCUGCAUUCUUGCUGAAUUGUUGGCUGGCAAGCCUAUUAUGCCUGGUCGAACUGAGGUAAUCUUUGAAUGA